ACAUCCGCGGCCAAUGCUGCAGGCACUUGCACCUCUUUGUCUCUCUCUCUCUCUCUCUAACCAUUCCUUCUCUGUUCCUCUCAAACACAAUGGCUUCCGCUCUACCCUUCCUGGUCUUCUUCUUCCUCCUCCUCCUCCCUCUUUUCCCCCUCGCCCUUUCCCGCGGAACCCCCGGUAGCACUGCUGCGCCCAGCCUUAUUCAGAAGACAUGCAAUGAGACGACGUACUACGACUUGUGCGUCAGUUCCCUCGGGUCCGACCCCCACAGCCGCAAGGCCGACGUCAAGGGCCUCUCCACCAUAGCCAUCGACAUCGCCAUCUCCAACGCCACCAACACCUCGUCCUUCGCCGCCGCUCUCGCCCACAACGCCACCGACGCGUCCCUCGUCGCCGUCCUCCGGGCCUGCGCCACCAAGUACGCCAACGCCCGCGAGGCGCUGCAGUGGUCGCUCGACGCGCUGUCCACCGAGGCCUACGACUACGCCUUCGUCCACGUGAGCGCGGCCGCCGAGUACCCCAACGUGUGCCGCGUCCUGUUCCGCCAGAACCCCAGGCUGGCGUACCCGGCGGCCAUGGCUCGCAGGGAGGAGGACUUGGAGCACCUCUGCACCAUAGCUUUGGAGAUCAUAUCGCUUCUUGGCUGAUGAAGUAUAACGUGCAAAAAAACCUACUAUCAUCACCUUGUCUCCCUUCCUUGUGUUACUACAUUUCUCGCUAAAUCAUGCAAAGUGGAUGUGAAAUUAUAUGGAUGUUGUGGUCUUCACUUGAUCCACCAAAAUAACAAGUCUCUUUUGGGGUUUCUC